AUGGCCAGCUCCAGUGCUUUGCGGCCAUCUGUCGGCUGCUUAUCACGAAUUGGCUCGCAUUUUGCCUCGUCCCGGGCGGCUACAUUCUCGACAACGGCCCAGCAAUGCAAGCGCAAGACGAAGGACAACAACAAGAACCGAGGCGUCAGCAGCCUGUAUGGAUCAGGGCCUCGAGAACAUCUUUCCAUGUCUGACAUACCUCUACCGAAGCCACGAGACUUUAAACCAAAAGUAGCGGUUGAUGAGAACCACGGGCUCUGGGGUUUCUUCCCGGAAUCCGGAAAGGCGCUGUGGUCGCCCAAGGAAACCGAGGAGCACGGAAGAGCAUGGACAGUGGAAGAGCUUCGAAAGAAGUCGUGGGAAGAUUUACAUUCUCUCUGGUGGGUGUGCUGCAAGGAGAGGAACAUGCUUGCGACCUCCAAGGCGGAGCUGGCAAGGGGCAAGUUUGGCUUUGGUGACCGGGAAAUCGAGGCACGAGACGAAGAGGUCAUGAAAACCAUGCGAGCCAUCAAGCAUGCCCUCACGGAACGAUAUUACACUUGGCAGGACGCCGUCGAUGUGGCCAUGUCAGAUCCCGAGAUUGACAUGCACGGUGAGGACGGCCAGGUGUACAAGCCCUCAGCGUAUGAGGAAGAGGUUGCUGUCGAGGAUGCCUGGGCGAAGGAGAAGGGUGCAGAGCAGGAGCCCGUCAAGGCCGACAAGGAACUCAGCCGGUGA